AUGCAUAGAAGUAUGCAGAUACUUGUGAAAGUUCAAAGUUUGAUUGCAUUGGUGGUUUCCUGUAAUGUAAUUGGAAAUUCCUUCCAUUUUCUUGUCAGUGUAUCCCAAGCUCCACCUCUUACUGGAGAAUGUCAGUCUUACAGUAUAAAACUAUUUCCACUUCAUUUGCAGCUAAAACUUUCAGCAAAAUCCAAAGAGGAAGACAUCCAGAUCAAGUGGUCAUUCAUCUACUCCUCUGAAACAAAUAUUGAAGUCAAACCUACUAAUGUGAAAAAAGAUCAGACUCUUGGGACAUGCACUGCAUUAGAAACAUUUAAAAGUGUGUUGCAGAAUCUCAUCAGUUGUACAUCACCUGUUAUGAUUCUGAGUACAAGAUCUACUGAUAUAAAAGGAACACAGAAUGUACAGAAUACAGGGGCCAUUCCUCAGGGUGCUAGUCCUCCUAAGCCCCCAAGGGCUCAUGAACUAAAACUGCUCAUGAAAAACGUCAAAGUAAUACUCACCAAUCAUAAUAUUGCAGGUAUCAUUAACCCCAUCUGUGUAGUUCAACUCAAUGACCCUUUGCAGAAAUUUUGUACCUCUUUUGCCAAUUAUCCCAUGGACUUUUCUUGGAAAGAGGAAUUUAUUUUUGAAUUAAAUGCCAAAUCAAAAGAGCUGCAAAUCAACAUUGUGGAAAAUGGGGAGUUGGAUGGUGACUCUUCUGUUUCUGCUAGUGUUCCUUUGGAUUUAUUCAGGAAACAGCCUUCUGGACUGCAAAGUUUUGCAUUAAACAGCCAAAUCAGCAAUAAUAGCUCUGCAAUAGGAUCUGUCUCUGCAGAGUUCUUAUACAUAGAACCUUCAGAAGCAAAAUCACUGCAGGUUCCUGCCAAGCUUCCUGUUGCAAAAGUAGAAAAGGAUCGAACUGUGAUGCCCUGUGGGACUGUGGUCACUACUGUAACUGCUGUGAAAGCCAAGACUUUAGUGGAAGGGAGAUCAUCUAUUCUGCACUCAGUUUCACCAGUUCAAAGUCCUGCUAAACUGAAAAGGAUUGAAAAGGAUUUAUCAAUUCAAGCAAUCCAUUGUCAGAAUGUUUCAGUAAGCAAGGCUUUAUCUUCCUCAGAUACUGAGUUACUGGUGUUGAAUGGCACAGAUCCUGUGGCUGAAGUAGCCAUUCAACAGCUCAGUGAAUCUGCAAAGCAAAAGUUCAAAUCUCCCAGAAAAAAAAGCACCAUCAUAAUAUCAGGGAUUUCAAAGACUAAUUUAUCUCAGGACAGCAAAACUGCACUCAUGAUGGACUAUGCAGCAGCCAUGGAUGGCUCCUGUAGACAAGAUGAUACUUUUAGCGUUGAAGGGUGUCUUGCACAAUCCCCUUCAGAUGAAACAGUAUCACUAGCUGCCUCUCAAACGAUAUCUGCCCUUGAAGAACCCCAGGAACACAGCCAUGGUGCAUGGACCUUAGAUGACAGUCGCCAUCAAUGGCACAACAAUGCACUACUAGACCAAGACUGUGAUAAGAUAUCAGGGAGCUCUGUAAGCAUCUCAGAAUCUGAAACUGUGAAGAAGUCCAAAGGUGGAAUAUUAAAAAAGAGUGCAAAGUUAUUUUUUCUUCGAAGACACCAUAAAAAAGACCCAGGAAUGAGCCAAUCACAUAAUGAUCUCUCCUACCUACAGCAACCCAGAUCUGAUGGUACUCAAAAGAAAGGAGGAACCUUAACACGAAUUCUAAACAAGAAAACUAUUUUUAAGAGCAAAACCAAACUAAAUGGCUCAUCAGUUGGACCACAUGCAUAAAGUCUAGAACCUGCCAAAUUAUAUUAGCUGCACAUGACCAAUUGUUUACAGAAAAAUGAACUACCAUAUAGUUUAUGAGGUUUACUAGCAAGGUGAUUCACAGAAGAUAAUAAAGCAUAAUUAGGGAAUAAUUGGAGUUAGAACUAUGGUUAUUAAACUGUAGAGAAUAAUUCAUAUUUAUUUGGAAAAUUAGCUAAUUUAAUUCAGUAGGCUUUAGUCUAAAAUAUAAUUUCUAAAAAUCAGGUUUAAAAUAUGUUUUUGCUUGAAAUUCAAAUAUAGCUGAGAGUUACAAUGAAAAACUAUUGCAUUAAUACAUAUCUGUAGUGGUUGCAUUUUUAAAGAGCCACAAUGCAAAUUUUAAAUGAGCUAUUGUGCCUGCAGGAAAAUGGAAACAAUAAAUUGUGAUAAGGGUUGAUUGAUUUAAGAAAAUUGUAGGAGAGAUCUAUAGGAGUCUAUGAGAUCCAAAAAUCAUACGGAGUCUGGGUUCACUUUUGCAGACUAACACAUGUUAUUAAUAUGCAUAAGCUUUCAUGAACUUUAUGAAGGCUGAUGAAAUAAACUGCAGCUCAUGAAAGUGUAUACCUUUUAAUGAAAUCUGAAAACAUGCUACCAUAUUCCUUCAGAUUUAUGAUCUGGGAAAUAUUUUACUGUGCAAUUGUAUGUUUGUGCACACAUGUGUAUAUGUAUGCACUUGUGUGUAUAUGUAUAGGAAUAAUUCGCAUAAAAUUUCAGCCUUAACAUGUUUCUAGAGAGAAAAUA